UACUUGUCAGUUCUUGCCUUCUUUUUUCAGCAGCUUUUCUCUUUGUUACCUGACAAGUGCUAAAAUAUAUACAGCAUUUGUACAUGUUUUCAUUUUUUAAGCGCAGUCUACUUAUUUGUUGCUGGGUGGGGAGGUCGGAAGUAAGUAAAUAAAUGGGUAGAAGAAAGAGCAAACUUUUCGAGGCCUUUAUGGGAGACAUUCGGCUCAAAAUGGCAAGACUUUGAAAAGACUGAAGAAUGAACAUCUGUCAUCUGGCCUUCUUCAUCUGUUGACCUUCCACAGGCUCAGCCAACAAGGUCCACAACACAAAGACAAAAGGGACAUCGAGAAAGCCUGUUCGAGGACAAUAAGUAAUCGGGCAUUACAUUUUAAAACGAUGGAACUAUAUGAACUUACAAAGAACAGCUUGCAGUGACUUUAACCAACUUGAGGCCGUCGUGCUUCUCCGGAACUGAAACGAACUGUUCAGAUGAUCAGCCGUAGAAAUGUCUGUCAAGUGUGUCUUGGUUGGGGACUGCGCGGUGGGAAAAACGGCCCUCCUGGUCAACUUCACUUCAGGAACCUUUCCUGACAUCUACAGGCCCACGGUGUUCGACAACACCGGGGCGGAGGUCUACAUGGAUGGUGUUUUGAUCAGUCUGGGCCUGUGGGACACGUCGGGCCAGGACAACUUCAGACAGAUCCGACCCCGAUCCUACCAGCAGGCCGACGUCGUGCUCGUGUGCUACUCUGUGGCCAACCGCAACUCUCUGGCUAAUGUACAGAGUAAGUGGAUGGCAGAGGUUCGGGAGAACUUGCCCACGGUGCCGGUGCUGGUGGUGGGCACCCAGACGGACCUGCGGGAGUCGAGUGCGCAUCGGGGCAGGUGCAUCUCUGCGGCAGAGGGGAGGCGCGUGGCUCGGAACGUGCACGCCAAAGGCUACCUGGAAUGUUCGUCCUUGACCAAGCGAGGGGUCCAACAUGUUUUCGAGUGCGCCGUGCGCACCGCCCUGAGCCACAACAGGAAGCAGGCCAGACGACGCAUGUUCAGCAUGAACCAGUGCAAAGUUUUUUGACAUUGUGUCAUGAAUUAACCACUCGCAGGGUGCUCUUUGAGUGACCAGGAAUUUCAAAACUUCAACCGCAGACAACUACUGAGAUCAUACUCUGACAUUUUAGUUUUGUUACUCUGAAAAUUUCUAUCAGUACAUCCGAAAAUCACAUUUUUUGGUUACAUUUUAUUCAAAAGUUUUUUUUUAUUGUUCUUUUUGGUGAUUGGAGUCAUCAAAGUAUUGCGCGCGUGUUUGAAUAUAUCAUAAGGCUAAACUGUCUGCCGGCUUGGUGGAGUGUUGCAUCCGUCUGCCUUCGGUGCAGGCAGCAUGGGUUCGUUUUCCCACUCAGUGAUGGUGUGAAUGUUUGCCCGCAUCAAUGGAAAAGCAGCAUACGUGCCCUAUGAUUGACCAACAACAGUCCAGGAUGAAUUCUACUUCAAAUUUCGCUAGUCUCCAGCUCCCCAUGACGCUGAACAAAAUAAGCGGCUGAGAGAAUGGGCGGACGGAUGCCUUCAGAAUGAUCCAUUCACUUUAAUUCGCUUACCUUUGAAAGUCAUAUUCGUCAUAUUUAUUUAAUGAAAGACAAAUAUAGUAAUGCAACUUUUUUAUUGACUCUGCCAAAAAUAUAAAUGUUCCUGUUCAUUUUCAUCCUAUUGUUUUACUUAAACAAAUAUGUGACAAUAUUUAAUUUGAAUGUUGCCCCUUAAAGACUUAAUUCAAAUGGAACCCAACAAGAUUCUUCCUUAUCAUUUAUAAUUCAAUUUAUUGUGCUGUUUGCUUCUGAGACUUCCUGAAUUUACUUUUUUUUUUUUAAAUUUUUACAUCCAACAGAAAGUCCACAUAACACACACAAUGCUUCCAAGCCACAUAGGGGAACAUUACGGCGUUAGCAAAGAGUGGAUUCAUUACUUUUAAAUUGUUGCAAUGUUUUUGCUAUCUCGUUAUAUUUUGAGACAAAAUAAAUCUCUUACCAAUGGUUUAUGUUGAUUUCAAAUUACCUUUUUUUGCUGCAAUGGAAUGUUCAAAUUGGUUGCUGUAUAUUGGCUAGUUCGAAUUUGGCCAAUGGAGUUGUGUACUUUGACAAUUGAAUAUUAAUUUUCAUGAUUUGCUUCCUGGUGUAUGAUCCGCUAUGUUCUGUCGCCAGGGAAUAUAAACUGUACAUGGUGUCUCGGGUCAAUCACUGUUAGUUUGGCCAUCGAUCUGAGUUGAAGCCGUUUUGUCAACUGUUACUGGGAACCCUUAACAUGCAGUGUAUAACAAAGAGAUGAAGAACAAAUAUA